UGAAACUUAAAUCAGACGUGACUGCAGCUAUUCCUGAAUAGUUUGUAAACGUAGCGUUAUAACUUUAAAUUUUAACUUUUGUAUGUUAUUUAAAUUUAAAAAAAAAAAUGAUUUUUAAAUUUUUAUUAAUUUUGGUUUUUGUAACAUAUGUCACCGGGCGGGAUAUCAAAACAAACUACCAAUAUAAUGAAAACGAUUAUUUUAAGCUUAUUUCAGAACCAGCACUUAACAAUAAAGGUAAUACAAAUUUGAAUUCAUACGGAGAUAGUAAUAGUGUUUAUUAUACGAAUGGUUUGCCAAGAAAUUUCGAUUCAAGAAAAAAAUGGCCAAAAUGUCCAUCGAUCGGUCAUAUUUAUAAUCAAGGAAACUGCCAUUCAAGUUAUGCCAUAUCUGUAGCGUCUGCAGUAACUGACAGAUUAUGUAUACAUUCAAAUGGCACAAAAAAUCCUAUAAUGUCUGCACAGCAGAUUAUUUCUUGUUGCUAUUUGUGUGGAUAUGGAUGUAAUGGUGGAUCACAAUUUGAGUCUUGGGACUUUUACAGAAGACAUGGGUUUGUAUCAGGUGGCGAUUACAACUCCAGCCAGGGAUGUCAACCGUAUAAGAUGCCACCUUGUAAACUAACAAAUGAAGAACCAUCUGGACAUAGUUGUAAGACAUAUCGAACAGAGGAAACACCGAAAUGUGAAAUGCAGUGUUAUAACCCAAAUUAUUACACUUCGUUCAAAACCGAUAUUUAUAAAGGUAAAUAUUAUCAAGUGUAUCCUUACAUGGCUAUGAAAGAAAUUUUCGAUAACGGUCCGAUAACAACCCAGUUCUUCAUGUACGAUGAUUUGGUCGAUUACAAAUCCGGUGUAUAUAAGUACGACGAGCAAUCAGACGUGCCCUUCUUCACUGUACAAAGCGUAAAGGUUUUCGGCUGGGGUGAAGAAAAUGGUGUCCCUUAUUGGUUAGUAGCCAAUUCGUUUGGUUCAGAUUGGGGUGAUAACGGAACGUUCAAGAUUUCAAGAGGUAAUGACGGAUGCUUUUUUCAAGAAAAAAUGUUCGCCGGAUUGCCAUUAAAUAUCUAUAAAUUAUUUUUUAGUAUUCACUUAAGAAAAAAAUUACGAAUAUCAAUCAUCAUCAUGUUAAGAAAUAAUCAAAUAUUAUUACUAUUAUUUUGUAAUAUUUGGUUGUCGUGCAAUGCAAAAUUUAAACUUCAACAUAUCGUCGAACACGUAAACCGUGCUAACGUAACAUGGGAAGCUGGAAUUAAUCAAUUCAGUACGUCUAACUACAAAAACAUAAUUGGGACUUGGGGCUUUCAAAAAGAUGAUAAAAUUAUCGAUAUUAUCGGUCAUAAAGACGACAAUCACGAUACGGAUGGAUCGAAUGAUAUUCCAGAGACUUUUGACGCCCGAAAUAAUUGGUUUGAAUGCGUUUCUAUUUCUCACAUAUGGAACCAGGGAAACUGCGCUGCUGACUGGGCGAUUUCCGUCACUUCGGCUAUUAACGACCGCAUAUGUAUUAAAUCAAAGAAAAAAAUAACGGCGUUUUAUUCUCCACAAAAAGUUUUGUCUUGUUGUGAUGAUUGUGGUGAUGGAUGCAAUGGUGGCUAUUCUGGAGCAGCCUGGCAUUAUUGGACAAAAAGAGGGUUGGUCACAGGUGGAGAUUACGGUAGCAAUGAAGGCUGUCAACCAUGGUUGAUACCACCAUGUAACCAUACAGUUUUGGAUGAAAAAAGUCCGUCAUAUAUGUGUGGAAAAUAUAAAUCAGAAACGCCAAAAUGCAGUUUAAAUUGCUACAACUUAAAUUAUUCAAAACCUUUCCUAAAAGACAUUUCAAAGGGAAUACGAAUUGAAAGGACCUGUCCGGGAAUGGUCAAGAAAGAAUUGAAAAAACGUGGACCUGUAACUGCUAUAAUGCGUGUUUAUGAAGAUUUCCUAACAUACAAAUCAGGAGUUUAUCAACAUGUAACUGGAAAAUUACUUGGUCAGAUAACGGUAAAACUCAUUGGAUGGGGUGUAUACAGAGGCGUUCAAUAUUGGUUAGCUGCGAAUUCGUGGGGUACUUCUUGGGGAGACAAAGGAUUUUUCAAAAUUCGUCGUGGUACCAAUGAAUGUUUGUUUGAAGAUUAUUUUACAACUGGAAAACCAGUUUCAUAAUGUAAAUGUAAGAGUUAUAGUUCAUGAAAUAAUAUUAUACUAGAAAUAAACAAACAAUCAACAUAGGAUUUAAAAUGUAUAGCCACAUAAUAAU